ACUAAAACAGCCGAGUGUCUGCUUGUUGUAUUCUCUUUUUCAAUUGAUCGGAGAUCGAUCCGGGUUGAAGAAAAACACUCGUCAAAAUAACUAAGAUCUGUUGUGUGUGAAAAUCGAAGACAAUGUCGACUCAUAAGCAAGCAGAGGAAGCUAUUGUCUCCAACUUCAACGAAACCGACCAUGACGGCGGUGGCAAGGAGGCGGAGGACAACUCCGACGAUCACGCCGUCGUCAGCUUCAAGGACAUGCUCUGGCACGGCGGCUCCGCCUACGAUGCCUGGUUCAGCUGCGCUUCCAAUCAAGUUGCACAAGUGCUACUGACACUACCAUACUCGUUCUCCCAACUGGGAAUGCUGUCGGGAAUAGUGUUUCAAGUAUUCUACGGCUUGAUCGGAAGCUGGACUGCUUAUCUUAUCAGUGUUCUCUACAUGGAAUAUCGUUGCCGUAAAGAAAAAGAAGGCGUUAGCUUCAAAAACCAUGUCAUUCAGUGGUUUGAAGUGCUGGAUGGAUUGCUUGGACCAUACUGGAAAGCAUUGGGUUUGGCAUUUAACUGCACUUUCCUUCUUUUUGGUUCUGUCAUCCAACUUAUCGCCUGUGCCAGCAACAUAUACUACAUAAACGACCACCUGGAUAAAAGAACAUGGACAUACAUAUUUGGAGCAUGUUGUGCAACAACUGUGUUCAUACCAUCUUUCCACAACUACAGAAUUUGGUCCUUUUUAGGUCUUGGUAUGACUACUUAUACCGCCUGGUAUAUGACUAUUGCUGCCCUUGUUCAUGGCCAGGCUCCGGAUGUUGUACACACCGGUCCGAAAAAGCUGGUGCUAUACUUCACCGGCGCAACUAACAUCCUCUACACUUUUGGUGGCCACGCUGUCACUGUUGAAGUAAUGCACGCAAUGUGGAAACCACAAAAAUUCAAAUACAUAUAUUUACUGGCCACACUUUACGUAUUCACCCUAACGAUUCCGUCAGCCUCCGCCGUCUAUUGGGCGUUCGGCGAUCAGCUCCUCAACCACUCCAACGCUUUCUCUCUCCUUCCCAAGACCGCCUGGCGUGAUGCCGCCGUUAUCCUUAUGCUUAUUCACCAGUUUAUUACGUUCGGAUUUGCGUGUACGCCGCUGUACUUUGUGUGGGAGAAGGUGAUCGGAAUGCACGACACGAGAAGCAUGUGUUUGAGGGCAUUGGCGAGAUUGCCGGUGGUGAUUCCGAUUUGGUUUUUGGCUAUUAUUUUCCCAUUUUUCGGCCCGAUUAAUUCCGCCGUUGGCGCCCUAUUGGUCAGUUUCACCGUCUACAUUAUCCCUGCCCUCGCCCACAUGCUCACCUAUCGGAAAGCCUCCGCCCGUCAGAAUGCUGCUGAGAAGCCUCCAUUCUUUAUGCCGAGCUGGACAGCCAUGUAUGCACUAAACACCUUCAUUGUUAUAUGGGUAUUUGUGGUCGGGUUCGGGUUUGGCGGGUGGGCUAGCGUCACCAAUUUCGUGAGACAAGUCGACACUUUCGGGUUAUUCGCCAAGUGUUAUCAGUGUAAACCGCCCGCCCAUCCAACCGCGCUACCACCACAACACCAUUAAUCUGGAUCCGGAUCCCGAUCCGGGUCACCAACCGGGUCUUCCCCCCCUUUGCAAGAGAAGAAAAAACAAGUUCACUAAUUAAUUUUUUUUUCUCUCUCCUAUUUUGCCCUUUUUGUAAUAUAAAUGGGGAUUUAGUGUGUGUGUAUGUGUGUUUUUUUUAGUAUUAUAUUCAAAUUAAACUAUUAAUAGUUAAAGGUAGUGUGUUGAGUUGUGAUAAAUGAUAAUCCCUCUGUUUUGUUAAAUUAAUCAAUAGGUUAAAUUAAAUUAAAGUCAAUAUAAAAUAGUUUUCUUUUUAU